AUGUGGGCAGACAAGGAUCAUUUAUCAUAUACGCUCAAAUCUAUAUACGAUAAAGAAGCGGUGGAGCUCAAGCGGUUGCGAGACAAAGAGAUGGCGGGAUUGCAUUCUAAGAGAGAUGCUGCAUGGAAGAUCGAGGCCAAGAUACGGUCGGAGGCGAAGGAACGUGAAGAGGCUAUGAGGCGCGUUGAGUCUAAGAAACGCGAAGAAGCGAAGGAAUACGAAGAAGCAAAGCAACGCGAAGAUGCGAGAAAGCGGACAGUGCUCGCGCACGCCAAGGCCACCUGGGACCGCAUGUUUGCUCCUGGGCGCGAAGAUGCCAAGAUCCAAAUGGACAGAAAUGUUUGGGAGAAGGUUCGACCCGCAUCUUCUGGGUUGAUGUUGACGUCGUUAUCCAAGCUGCGACUUCGAACAAUGUACAUCCUGCACGUCGGUAUCCAUAUUGCUUGUCUUGCAUGGAAGAGAGCAGUAUCGGUUGAUGCAGGUGUAUAG